CCAUUAUUUCUUAAAUCGUAUUGGGAUUCACAGAUGUUGUUAUAAAAAUGUAUGAGAAAUAAAUUAUUUUACUCCUAAUCGUGAAUUUGUCGCAAUCGUAUAAUUCAGUUCUUCACUAAACUUCAGUGUCGUACUGUCGUGAACUCGUGAUUAGUUAUUACUAAAUAAUACAAUACAAUUAUCAGUAAAUCAGUAAAAUUACACUAGUUUGUUUAACAGAUCAUUUUUUUUAAAAAAUGAGAAGAAAACCAAAUAUUCUAAUUACUGGUACACCCGGUGUGGGAAAAUCAAAACUGUGUGAAGAAUUAAUUCGUAAUGGAUUAGAUAUGGAAUGGAUUGAAGUUGGUCAAGUGGCUAAGCAGUGUAAUUGUUAUUCUGGAUACGAUGAAGAAUUGGAAUGCCAUAUCCUUAAUGAAGACAAAGUGUUGGACGAGUUAGAAUCAAGAAUGGAAGAAGGAGGUAAAAUAAUUGAUUACCAUGGCUGUGAUUUCUUUCCUGAACGAUGGUUUGAUGUAGUAUUUGUUUUGAGAACUAAUAACACAUUAUUGUAUGAUCGUCUUGAAAAAAGAGGAUAUUCAACUAAAAAGCUUCAGAAUAAUGUGGAAUGUGAAAUAUUCCAAACUUUACUUGAAGAAGCAAUGGAAUCAUAUGAUAACAAUAUUGUACACGAGUUACGCAAUGAAACCUAUGCAGAUAUGGAACGCAAUAUCACUCAAAUAGGUGCUUGGGUAAACCAGUGGAUUAAAGACAAUGUUCACAAAUAGAAUUAAGUAUAUUUGUACACUUGUACAUCCCAAAAAGUAUAACUGUUUUUUAUUUAAUAUUACUCAAACAAAACUCAAACUGUUACUUGAUAAAUAAUUUAAUUUUGAUAUUUUCUUUAAUUCUUGUUAUUACAUUUGUUAAAACUUAAAACUGAAACAAAAAAAAAAAAAAAAUCAUUAAAUGGACAUUUUUAUAUUAUUUAGUAAUUAAAGUAUUGUGUUGAUUAAAAGAAUAAAUAAAUUUGAAAUAAAAUAAAA